CUUGGAUAGCGGAUUAGAUGAACGUUAGAUCAUAUUUCCAGGCUUACCUAAGAUAAAUCGCGUCCAAUUGUGACCCGCGUUACGCAAAUUCGCAAUUUUUUUAUAACCUUGGAUAUGACAGUUUAUCGGAUUUUCGCAAUUAACCACGCAUCUUCUAUCUUUAACAUAAACUAUUAUAGGAGGUAUCUUGAUGACAAUAAUAAUUCUUACAAUUAGUGCUAGCUCGUACAACAUUAUAGUAUGUGCUCUCGAUCCUAAUGAAACGAUAAUUUAUGGAAGUUAUGUAUCUGAUCUGUGCAGAUAAUGCAGGGCAAAUCACAAACGAGAAAUAUUGACUAGUAGAUGAAUAUUGAAUUACAGGGAUUGGCAGAUAAAUGGAAAAAUAUCCGAAUCCUACAGUUAGAUGUUAAGGACACACAAAGCCAUGAAAAGGUGGUGGAGGAGGUCUCAAAGGAGGUUGGAGAUGCGGGUUUGAACGUCUUGGUGAACAACGCUGGGAUUGCCACUAAAUUCUCUCGCCUCGGGCUUGUAAAAGAAGAACAAUUGACCGAAUGCUUUCUGGUUAACACUGUUGCUCCGAUUUUACUGACGAAGGCAUUUUUGCCGCUUCUCAAACAGGCAGCUUCUAAUAAAGAGACUGAAGACUUGAGCGUCGAACGUGCAGCAGUCAUAAACAUGUCCUCGAUUCUUGGCAGCAUCGGUGAAAAUACUCAGGGUGGAUAUUACGCAUACCGGUGUAGCAAGUCCGCACUGAAUGCAGCAACCAAGUCAAUGAGCAUGGAUUUACAAAGUGACGGAAUUCUUGUGGCGUCUCUUCAUCCUGGAUGGGUGAAAACUGACAUGGGUACACAAAAUGCACCUAUGGACAUUGAUACCAGUAUAAAAGCAAUUCUAUCUACCCUGCAAACGCUCAACAAAAGUCACACCGGAUCGUUCCUACAGUAUGACGGCAAAACUCUGCCCUGGUAAUUGAUAGUCCACCUCUGCCAUGAUUAUAAACCAGAGUGAGAUAUGUAAGAUGGCAACAUUCUGUUAAAGGCGUUGGCUCGCUGUUCUGCGAAUUUGAAUCUUCAGAGAAACCAAGAUGUGCGGAGAAAUCUGUCAGUCCCUGUUAGACCCUGCUUUGUUUACGAUGCUGAGUUCUCCGAGUGUUCAAGCUUCCGCGGUAGAUUCCAGCAGUAUUUCGUCCAUGGUCAAUAUCUCGAUUGCCAGCAGUGGAAAAUUGAUUACAAAAACUGCCAACUGUGGAC